CCUCGUCUUACCCCCCCGUGUUUCUGUGAUGAACAUCUGCUCCCUCGUCUGCAAAGCCUUCACUAAAACGUCCACUCUCACAACGAUCUCUCAAUCUCUCUUCAAUCUCUCUCAACGCGCUCAAAGAAAGGGCCACUUCUUCGACACAAAGGUUCUGGAAAUAAGUAGCAGAGAUGAUUUCAGAGAAGCCCAGUUGGAUUAGACAUGAGGGAAUGCAAAUUUUCUCCAUUGACGUUCAACCUGGUGGACUUAGGCUUGCCACUGGUGGGGGUGAUCACAAGGUGCGGGUAUGGAAUAUGAAAUCCCUUGGCAGGGAUUUGGAUAAUGAAGAAUCAGCCCAGAGGCUACUUGCAACUCUCCGUGAUCACUUUGGUUCUGUGAAUUGUGUUAGGUGGGCUAAACAUGGUCGGUUUCUUGCAUCAGGAUCUGAUGACCAAGUGAUUCUAAUUCAUGAGAGAAAGCCUGGUUCAGGAACCACUGAGUUUGGCAGUGGAGAGCCACCUGACCUUGAAAAUUGGAAAGUUUCAAUGACUUUGAGAGGGCAUACUGCAGAUGUGGUGGAUCUUAAUUGGUCUCCAGAUGACUUGAUGUUGGCCAGUGGAAGUUUAGAUAACACUAUACACAUCUGGAACAUGAGCAAUGGUAUUUGCACUGCUGUUCUGAGGGGUCACUCUAGCCUGGUUAAAGGAGUUACUUGGGAUCCAAUUGGCUCCUUCAUAGCAAGUCAAUCAGAUGAUAAGACUGUAAUUAUUUGGCGAACAAGUGACUGGAGCCUUGCUCACAGGACAGACGGCCAUUGGCAAAAAUCACUUGGAUCCACCUUUUUCAGGCGGCUGGGAUGGUCCCCUUGUGGCCACUUCAUUACUACCACUCACGGAUUCCAGAAACCAAGGCAUUCUGCACCUGUUCUAGAGAGAGGGGAAUGGUCUGCUACAUUUGACUUCUUAGGACAUAAUGCCCCUGUGAUCGUAGUGAAGUUUAACCAUUCAAUGUAUAGGAGGAAUAUUUCCAAUGCUCAGGAAAAAGCUGCACCCAUCGGGUGGACUAAUGGGGCUUCAAAGACAGGAGGAAAAGAGAAAGAACCACAACCUUAUAAUGUCAUUGCUAUUGGGAGUCAGGACAAGACUAUAACAGUAUGGACUACUGCAAGUCCCCGACCUCUCUUUGUAGCAAAGCAUUUCUUUACUCAAAGUGUUGUGGAUUUAUCCUGGAGCCCUGAUGGCUAUUCACUUUUUGCAUGUUCUUUGGAUGGUUCGGUGGCAACUUUCCAUUUUGAUGUUAAAGAACUUGGCAACCGUUUAAGUGAUGCUGAACUGGAUGAAUUGAAGAGAAACCGUUAUGGAGAUGUUAGAGGUCGCCAAGCAAAUUUAGCAGAAAGCCCAGCUCAGUUAUUGUUUGAAGCAGCAUCUGCUAAGCAAGCCUCAAGCAAAAAAAUGGUUCUGGAAGUUCAGCAAAACGAGACAGUUGGAAAACCUUCUACUGAAGCAACGGUUGCAACAAUAACUUCUGCAGACAGCUUAAAUAAGGUUUCAAUAGCUGCCAGAAUUUCAAGUCCUGUGAAGCAGAGGGAAUAUAGACGCCCUGAUGGUAGAAAGAGGAUUAUUCCAGAAGCAGUUGGGGUGCCUCUGCAGCAGGAAAAUAUAUCUGCUGGGGUUCAAACCCAGGCACUUGACUUCCCUUCUGAAUGUUCUGAUAAAAACAAUGAUGAGAAUGGGUUAAUUGCUGCUGAUAGUGGCAUCAAAGAAAGUUCUGUUAGGGGAGUAAUUGGCAGAAGCACUGAAAUAAAGGAAGGACAUGGGGUUACUGCUAGAGCUAUGAUUACCAAGAGCCUUGUUAUUGAGAAGGUUCCUGCUUCCACAGGUGGAGAUGAAAGCAUAGCUGUGGAACAGUCAGGUAAUUUGAAGGCGUCUAGUUCAGCAGGUUCUUCAUGUUCCACUCUUUCAAUUAGGGUGUUUGAUAGGAAAGAAGGGGAAGACAAUGUACCAAUAUGCUUGGAAGCUCGACCUAGGGAACACGCUGCAAACGACAUCGUUGGCUUGGGAAAUACAUUUAUCAUGAAAGAAACAGAAAUUACUUGCGCAAGAGGGUUACAGACUCUUUGGUCAGAUAGGAUAUCUGGGAAAGUCACUGUUUUAGCUGGAAAUGCAAACUUCUGGGCUGUUGGGUGUGAAGAUGGAUGCAUACAGGUUUACACAACUUGCGGGAGACGUGCUAUGCCAACUAUGAUGGUAGGAUCUGCAGCAAUAUUUAUAGAUUGUGACGAGCGCUGGAAAUUAUUUUUGGUCACAAGAAAAGGAUCCUUUUAUGUAUGGGAUCUAUUCAAGCAGAAUUGUCUCCUCCAUGACUCAUUGGCAUCUCUGGUCGCUUCAAACCCAAACCCAUCUGCAAAAGAUGCAGGCGUGAUCAAAGUUAUAUCAGCAAAGCUAUCAAGAUCUGGUUCUCCUCUUGUUGUUCUUGCCACUCGCCAUGCCUUCCUCUUUGACAUGGGCCUGAUGUGUUGGCUUAGGGUUGCAGAUGACUGCUUUCCUGGGUCAAAUUUUGCAAGCUCCUGGCAUUCAGGUUCAACUCCGGGUGGUGAGCUGGCUGCUUUGCAGAUUGAUGUUAGGAAGUAUGUGGCCAGAAAGCCAGGUUGGAGCAGGGUGACAGACGAUGGGGUGCAGACACGUGCUCACUUGGAGGCUCAGUUGGCUUCCUCGCUAGCUUUAAAGUCAGCCAAAGACUAUUGCCAAUGCCUUCUAUCAUAUAUUCGCUUCCUUGCAAGAGAAGCAGAUGAGUCUCGUUUACGAGAAGUGUGUGAGAGUUUCCUUGGACCUCCAACUGGGAUGGUGGACGAUACAACUUUAGAUUUAAACACCUGCUGCGGCAUUGGGACUCUACUGUGUGCGUUGUUUAGAGUGUGGCUGUUCCAUUCGAUCAGGUGUCUUUGUCUUGUUGUCUUGUCAUGUUGCGUUAUUGUAUUAUUUUCUCUAUCUCUUGCCAUUAAUCCGCCCCUGCUCAGUUCAUUGAAUACUAUAGACUUUUUGAUCACUGCUUUGCUGUUUUAUGGCCUUUUGCCGACGGCGUUAAGGGUAGGAGCGGAACACGGUCACUAUUGCUAA